AGUGUAGAUCUGCGGCUGCACAGACGCGUCCAGCGGGACGAGGUCUUGCGCAGAUCCGGUUUGGAAGAAUAUGUUGAGCGUCUGGUACUGCUAGAACUGAGGCUCCUGCCCCAGCAACUUGCCUGCCUUUCUCGAUCGGUUUCGGCAGAGGCAGUACUUCGGGACCUGCAGGACGAGAGUGUGUGCGAGCCGGAUCUAGAAGUGGCGCCAAUACUUGUUCUUGUAGCUCGUCCCCAGUAAGUAUCAUGUCGAAGGUAACGCCAGAUAGCCCGCGGCCCGAGGUCCGCGGAGGGGGCUACCGUGCGGAGGGGGCGGCCGACGCGACGACCCAGCAGGCGGCAAGUCCGGCACCGGGAGAUAAGCCACCAGGAGCUCUGUUUACCGACAUAAAGGCCCUCGAGAAGGUCGACAUUGAGGAGCAGCUGAAAAAUGACGCCGGAUUUGCUGAUCUUAUGGGCGACAGUACUAGACGAGCGCCUAUUUUUAGUGUUUUCUGAAGAUGAGUGUGCUCUGUGUUUUCCUUCUGUCUCACAUACAUGGAUCUCGAUCUCCGUGUCGAGGAACCAAAUGUUUGCAACUUUGAUCAAUGCACUCCAGCCGACAACAGCGGUGACUACUUCAAGUCAGAAACGGAAUCCUACUCCGCCAUGAUUGCCAGAAAUCAAACCUUCGAAUUUUUUACACUCGCGGUCAUCGUCUUCAAUGGUAUUUAAUCUUUGCGUCUUUAUUUUGUGAGAACGAGAUGAACCAAAAUUUUUGAAUUUUUGAUGUGAAUUGAUCGACAUAGAGGUGGAGUCGUUGAAUCAAACGUCAAUACACGACAGGUCUGUGGAUGGGAUACGACACAGACAAUAAUGUGCAGGAGUCGGGGAAGGCGACGGAGUCUCUGGGUGCCAGUGAGAUUGACUUCGUCGUGAUGGAGAACCUUUUCUGCCUUUAUUUCACCUAUCCGCCGCACCCGUGCGAUAUUUUUUGCAGACUGCGCUCUUUUCUUGCUCGUAGCAGCAUUACCGCUAGCAACUGCGUCUCUUCCCGCUCGUGUGUCAAUCAACUUCGCAAACAUGUUGACAUCGCGCCGUCACUAUUUGGCACAUAGUACAGGCAUACUGAUAAUUACUGUUUACCGAACUGAACUAAUUUGACCAGCGGCGCAGGGAGCAUGCUGCUACUAGCAGGAUAGUAACCAUAGGAAAUGCUGCACGGGUGGUCUUUUUCGGGGGAUACCAUUUGUGAAGUAUUGAUACGCUUUGUCGCGUUCGAGAAGAAGAGGAAUUGCUUGAAUGAUUUCUGGUAAGAUGAAUUGUUUCGAUUCUGACUCUUGGCUGAUUCAUUAUGCAUUGAUCAAGAUGCGACUGCAGUGUGUCGGCCUGUAAUGUGUUUAGUCUUGAGUGUAGUAAAGUCAGGACCACCAGUGCUAUGCUCUUUCCCGGCUGAAGCGCUCCUGUUUGAUUGUCAAAAUCCAGAAUGUCACUACGUCAGGUUCAAGUUUGACAGCUUUUUAGUAGGUUGCAUGAUCCUGGAGACCUGGAUCAUGCCCCUCAUACAAGGCCCGGAGGGCGGUGGUAGCGGGAGCGGCACGGGAAACCUCGCGAUUUUACGUCUCCUCCGUUUGAUCCGUCUUACGCGUUUGGUACGGCUGAUGCGGUCCGUGCCUGAGUUGCUGACCCUUCUCAAGGGUAAGUUCGCAUCACUUUGUUACCGCCGACACGUUUUUGAUAUAAAAAAAGAAUGUAGCCUUAUCCCUGUUGUUGUUGAUGUAUCUAGGUUGUAGUUCAGAUGAAGUCUAAAAGUACAUUCGGCUCGAUGUUGUUUUCUGGAAUCACGACAGGUAUUUCCACCGCAACAAAGGCAGUCGGAAGCACGCUGCUCCUUUUAUUCAUCGCCCUGUACGUGUUUGCGAUUAUCUUCCGCCAAAAUAUCGGGUCAAACAACCCCGACUUCUUUGACGAUUUCGGGAGCAUCUCCAAAGCGGCGUACCAACUGGACAUUUUUCUUUGUAGUAAGUUCGAUAUUUUUCAAAACUACGAAGAACGCAGUCGUCUUUCCGGGAGCGUACUGUGCGGUGUAGCUUAAGGGUUCAUGAUCUGCGCUGCAACUUCUUAUUGAAUCGCACAAAGGUAUACGCUGUUUUCCGCGGGGACUGUGAUUGACGACGUUUCUGACUUGCUGUACAGAAUGAAAGACGGCGGCAGCGGUGGGGACCUGCUCGCUUUCUUCCUCUACAUCCUGAUCUCUUCCUUCACCAUUCUCAACAUGCUUAUCGGUGUGCUCGUGGAGGUACAACUACGUGAAUAAAAUCUAGUUGCUGUGCCUUUUGCUACAUCAGGAAGAUGAAAACCCGUGAUUGUGUCUUCCGCGUCAGGAUUGUCGUCCUACAACGAGAACUACAUGAAGCGAUGGCAAACUCGAUAAACUCGGCAGGUCGUCAGUUCUGUUUCCGUCGGAGAGAAGGAAAAAGCCGUCAUCAGCAACGUAGCAGACCAGUUAUCGACGAAAAAACAGCGGCGCGUCAGUGGAACUGGUUACUUUUUGCAUGUGAAAGAACGCAAAUUGAUAAACGCGAAGAACGUUGAGACAGAGACAAAGUCAACUCUACUGCAUCAGCAUGUGAAUGUACUAUGCAUGUCUGCGUUCUUCUGCUCGCUGUGUUAUUUAACUACACAGAUUCACACGACUACCCGCACAGUGUUUUUCUGGGAUACAAGCUAUCGCAAGUUUUCCGAGAGAUCGACGUGGACGGCUCGGUAUCAAAUGCAACAGUGCCUCAGUUGUGCCUGAAAUAGGAGUUACAGUACCCAGCACCAUUUGCGACGCAUCACGACUCGAUGUUGUCGUAGGAUCGACAAAAUUAUCUUGACGUUUAGAACAUGAAAUUGGAAAAGGGCGUAGAGAGGGAUCGGUACGUUUUUUUAAAGUAGCUGCUGGUUGGAAGAAGCAAGUAGUCGCGCAACUGCGGCACUGUUGCCGUGGACAGACGGGUUUUAUUUCCCGAUGGGAGUUCGACGAAAUGUUGAGUGACUCCGUGGUCAGGGAAAAUCUGAUCGAAAUUGGCGUGCAGCCGAAGCUAUCAAAUGCAAAAAUGUCUGGGUCUGGAAACUUGUGAUGCAUGUCAGUGAACAGAAAGCGCCUUGUAAUGCACCGCCAACCAUGACAGAUUUUCUCGUGGCUCUCUGUUGCGUAUUCCGCAUGAGAAACAUCGUUUUUGCAUGACAGACAAGAGGAGGUCUUCGUGGCCACGCAAUACAGAGUUCAGAGUCAUGCCAAACUAGCAUGAGAAAUCUCGAAAUCUUCCAGACCCAGACAUUUUUGCAUUCCAUAGAAGCAUCUAGCACUGCUGGCGGACGCACUAUUCGAAACUGAGGACAAUGAAACCGCGGACAGUGGGGGCGACACGGAUGAAGUCACAAAGGGCAAGGAGAUUUCGUUCAUCGAGUUCCUGCGAUUCGUAUCUUGAUUGAUGUUUUCACGGUUUUCAUUUUGGAAUUGCAUAUCACCAUCCCAUCAUACUCAUGACGCGCAUAUAGAGUUUUUAUGAAAGCGGUAGUUUGUUGAUCUGCUGACUCUGGUACUGCUUCGUUCUCGUUUUCUCGUAUCGACCUCCUGGGCAGGAUGGCAUUCAGUUCCUGCUCUGGUGUGCAGUCGUUUUGGUCGAGGAACUUUGUACGUCGCGAAGCAUGAAGAUCUGUCAUGAUGAACUGCGUCGGUUUUAUGCUAAGUAUAUGAUUUCGCACGUGCCGCUAAUGUUUUCUCUACAGGUUAUCCAAACGCGACCACAAAACCCGGCCUCUGUGCUAGACAUAAGUCAGCUGAGAAGGCACUUUACACGGAGCAUGGAGACCAGUUUCCGAUACAUCGAAAUGAAAUGUGAGUCCGCAGAAGUGAGAAAGCAAAUGGUCGGCCGGCGCAUCGAGCGUCUCAACAGCGAAUCGACUUGUAAAGAAUUCUUUUUGCCGGUUCUCUUCUUUGUUUCUGUUGAUGUCAGUUCCUUAUGAUUUGUUUGAUUAAGUAUCAGAAAAUAACUCGUCUAGUACUCACUUAUUGCACAGAUAUCGAAGAAAGCUGUUUGAAGAGACGAGAGGAAAUUGCCGUGCUGAAAGAGAGCAUCGAAGCCCUGCGACGGGAAUUGGAAGCACGGGGCGCGAACUCAUCGCAGCUCCUGAAAAAGCGGCAAGGCGGGCUCUUCGGCUAGGAUGAAGUACGUGUAUCGAGGGCGCAAAGUGCUAAAAUUAUGCUCCCCCAUUGUAAGUAGUUGUACCCUCCUCUCUACUUCUCCCCCGUGUUGUAUUGAUUUCGUUUUUACUCUGACCCAGAGCCAGAUCAUCAUCGAGAUUGAUCAUCUUCAUCACCGAUAAGAAUAAGAUACUUGCAAUUUAGAUGCAGUGCUUUGUUGCCUCCCUCUGUCGAGGGAGCGGAGAAACAACACUACCGUGAGAAAUUAGUACAUUGUCAACAGAAUAUGUUUUAAUCGCACCGCUGGCGCGAUGGACCGCUAACAUCCGGCCUUGCGGGUCUGUGCCAUGGUCGCUCUCGCUACGUCGAUGAGCUAGAGCUAUAGCGCCGGCGCGCUCCGACUCGUCACGCUAUUUGGUUUUUGUAUUCUAGUACACUACAGAUGUGGUGCCUCCCCUAUGAAUCGCCGGGGUGAAUGAAAAACAAAAAUGCACCGCCGAGCUUUUUCUUUUUGCGUCCCUGCAGUUUAACGCGCAAGGCGCGAAAGCGCCUCGGACAGUCGUGGUAACUACCCAAACGGAAAGACAGCGCUGCUACUUGAGGCAGCUGCAUGACCAUGAGAUGCCCAUUCUGCUGCUCGCUUGUUCUGCGGGUUAUUUCUGAAGUGGAU